GAAACGACUGAAGUCGCCGACGGCGCGGUAGUCACAAAUGCACCAACAAAACCAUAAUUCUAAUUUUGGCUUUGAAACAAAAGCCUGCUGAGGUGGCUGUUAAAUGACGCUGACGGCAUGAGUGCGCAUUGGUAUGUGUAAGAUUUUAUAGAAGUGCAUCAACGGAGAAGAACGGUUUUUCCCUUGAGGGUUCGAAGACGAUACGAUACACAGGUUCAGAAUCUCGGUGACAUUGUCGCUCUGUGAUAUCGUUGCAGGCAAAUUGACAGAAGGCAUAGAGUUGUCAUGACUGGUGUGGGAGCUGAUGAUGACAUCCCACUUGGUGAGAGGAAAACCGUGACAGACUUCUGCUAUCUGCUGGACAAGUCCAAGCAGCUCUUCAACGGCCUCAGAGAUCUCCCUCAGUAUGGACACAAGCAAUGGCAGUCCUACUUUGGCCGUACCUUCGACGUCUACACCAAACUUUGGAAGUUUCAGCAACAGCACAGACAGGUGUUGGACAAUCGAUAUGGCCUCAAGAGGUGGCAGAUUGGCGAGGUGGCCUCCAAAAUUGGCCAGCUCUACUACCACUACUACCUUCGUACCUCAGAAACAAGCUACUUAAAUGAGGCAUUUUCCUUCUACUCAGCCAUCCGCCAGCGCUCUUAUUACUACCAGGUCAACAAGGAGGACAGGCCCGAGUUGGUGGUGAAGAAGUUGAGGUAUUAUGCCCGUUUCAUUGUGGUGUGUUUGCUGCUCAACAAAAUGGACCUUGUGAAAGUUUUGGUCAAGGAGCUUUCUGAAGAGAUUGAAGACUAUACACAGCGCUUCAACACAGAGGACCAGUUAGAGUGGAACCUGGUGCUGCAGGAGGUUGCUACUUUUGUGGAGGCAGAUCCAGUUACAAUCCUGAAUGAUGACAAUGCAGUGGUGGUCAAGUCCAAUCGAAUGCAGGAAGGGGGUGUGCCACAGCUUGAGCCAGGCAUGGUGGUUGGUCAGCUGACCUUGGCCGACGCCCUCAUUGUUGGCAAUUGCAACAGUCAGGUGAAGUUCAGCGAGUUGACCAUCGACAUGUUUCGCAUGCUCCAGGCCCUCGAGCGAGAACCAGUGAACCUUGCCACCCAAACCACCAAACCAGGGACACUUGUAAGAGAAGACUCUUGCACUCUCCCCACUUCUAUCACUGAGCCCAGUGAAAAGCCAACCAAGCGAGAGAACCCUCACAAAUACCUUCUAUACAAACCCACCUUCAGCCAACUUUACACCUUCCUUUCGGCUUCCUUCAAGGAGCUACCUGCCAAUAGUGUUCUCCUGGUAUAUCUGUCAGCUACUGGGGUCUUUCCCUCUGGACGUGUUGAAUAUGAAGGACCUUAUGACUUUGGAGGAGUUCUAACAAACACUAAUCGUGACGUAGUAAACGGCGAAGCAGUGCAGAAGAGAAACCAGGCCCAGAAAGAGAUGCACUGCCUUCACCCUGGAGACCUGUACCCCUUUACCAGGAAGCCCUUGUUUAUUAUUGUGGAUUCAUCCAACAGCAUGGCCUACAAAAAUUUCUGUAAUCUGUUUGGCCAGCCUUUGGUGUGCCUACUUUCCCCUAUCGUGUAUCCAAAGAGCAUGCAAGACCAGUCUCAGCGUGGGAGUCUCUUCACUCUUUUUCUCUACAAUCCCCUAAUGGGCUUUCUGUAUGUUAGUGGGCUGACCAGCAUGCACCAGGGUUUAUGGGAAAAGGCAGAGGAGUUUUUGCACAAAGUUUCUCACGACAUUGGCCAGAUGCUCACCAGUUCUCGAGCCAUUGAUCAGGCUUUUUUGCAGUUCUAUGGUGAUGAAUUUUUGAGGCUGCUGAUGAUCAGGUUUGUGUUCUGCUGUGCCACCCUCCGACGACACAAACUCUUCCGGAAAACUGAAACAUGGGUUCGAGUUAUGGCCAUGGGUGUGUGCACAUUCCCCAGAAGAACCACCACCUUCCAUUCUGCCAUCAACUGAUCGUGUUCAAAUAAUGCUGUUGAGAAAUCAUUUAUCUUGAUUUUAUACAGUCUAUGGAUGUGAGGUAACCCUAGUGAUUAUAGGCUGUCUCAGUGUCACCUGCAGAAAAACCAAUCACGGUUUAGAAAAGAAAAAAACAUCCACUUUCAAAGUUGCUUCAUCGUCAUGAGUAACGAGGACCUUGACAGAAAUGUAGUGGAGUAAAAAGUACGAUAUUUGCCUUUCAAACGUAGUGAAGUUAGUCAUAAGUUUCCAAAAAAUAAGUAAAGUACAGAUACUCAGUGUACUUACAGUACUUAAGUAAAUGUACUUCAUUACUGUCCACCUCUGCUCCAGAGCUGCGCCAAUGUCUCUUUUUAAAUUUUUUUUAUAUAUGAUUUAUUUAUAGAAAUUUCAAUACAAAACUUGCACAAUAGUCCUCACAGAUAAGAAAUGAAAAGAAUACAUAAGACAUAGAAAUGGUGAGGAUACACAAUAGUGACAAUACAACCCCCCACCCCCUCCCAGAUCAAACAAACAGCUAAAGCAAUUUGACACACAAACAGAAAAGAAAACAAAAAACAAAUUAAAAAAAAGAAAAAAAACACAACAACUGGCUGUUAAAUGCUAGCAGUGGCAUAUUGUAAAAAGACAAGCUUAUACUCAUACACUCUCCAACCCUUCAACUCUCUCACUCAUAACUACUCACAUAGACACACACACACACUGUACACAGUCACACACAUAAGCACAUCCACUUGCAUUAGGUGAGCAAUAUAAAGACUGUAAAUAAGCAAACAAAAACAUGUAAAUAAUAAACAACCAAUAUUAAAAUAAAUAUAUAAACCAAGAAAAACAAACAACAACAAAGAGUAGUGCUACAUGCUGCUAAUAUGUGCUACCAAAAGGCUAGUUGAAACAGGGCAUUGGUGCGUUGGUGAAGCAACUCAAUCAGUGGUGGCAGUAUCUAGUUGAAGAGACCUAACAUGCUCUAAGAAGGGCUCCCAGACCUUACAGAACUUACUAGAGGAGUCAUAAAAUGAAGAGCAUCCUUAAUCCAUUGAGAGUGGGAGGGGGGGUGAGAGUUCUUCCAAUGUAGCAAUAUGUCACGCCUCGCUAAGAGUGAGAAAAAGGCCACAAGUUCACAAAAGUAGGAUGGUAAUGAAUGGCCAAUAGGUAGGACACCAAACAAGGCAACCAAUGGUGAGGGACAGAUGUUGGUAGACGUGAUAGCUGAGAGUGUGUCAAAAAUACCCUUCCAGAACGGCGCAAGGACAGGACAAGCCCAGAAAUAUGACCAAGACUAGCCGGUCCUAAAUGGCACCAGUCACAGCUUGAAUCUAUCUACACCUGGGUAAAUACGAGCUAGUUUACUUUUGGACCAAUGAACCCUGUGCACUACUUUGCAUUGUAAGACUCCAUGCCGGGCACAGACAGAGGAUGAGUGGACCCAUCUCAGAACAUGCUCCCACAACACAGGGCCUACCGUAUCUCUAUAUUCAGAUCAGCCAACCAAACAGUACGUAGGGCAUCAGAAGCUGAAGAUUUGUGUACAAGAAGUGUAGUAAAUCCUUGAUAUGGUACCUUUCCGGUAAGGGUUAAUUUUGAGGAUAGUGUCUAUAAGUGUGGGAGAAGGUAUGGUGGGGAAGCUGGGAAAACGGUUUCGUACAAAAUCUCUUAGCUGCAAGUACCUGAAAAAGUGGGUUGAAGGCAAGUUAUAGGCCUGUGUUAACUGACCAAAAGAGGCAAAUUUACCAUCAAUGUAAAGAUGGUUAAAAGAUAAAAUUCCUUUGUCUCUCCAGAUCAAGAAAGCAUCAUCAAUAAUGGAUGGAGUGAACAUGGGAUUAGAGUAUACAGGAGCCAGGCAUAGAUUGCAGCGCAAAGUGUUGUUUAAAUUGUGUCCAGAUUUUAAGACAGUUUUUCACAACAAUACUAUCUGAGUGCACAGACGAUGAUAUAGUUGUGGGGAAGCACAGGAGGGACAUCAGAGAUGAUGAACCACAUGAGGCCUCCUCAACCUGUAGCCAAGGUGGGGGUUGAUCAUUAGUACAACAAAAGUGUAACAUAGCUCUAAUAUUUGCUGCCCAAUAAUAGAGUAGGAAACUGGGGAGGGCUAAACCACCCAGUUCCUUAGGUUUUUGUAAAGUGUCCUUUUUAAUUCUAGGGGCCUCCUUGUUCCAUAAAAAUUGGGAAAUUAUGUGGUCAAGUGAGUGAAAGAAUUUUUUAGUGAGAAAAAUGGGUAUACAUUGGAAGAAAUAUAGAAAUUUGGGGAGCACAUUCAUUUUAACACAGUUUAUCCGGCCUGCAAGAGAGAGAGGCAAAAGAGACCAGCGCUGGAGAUCCUGUGUCAGUCUGGCCAGAAGAGGGGAAAAAUUCCAUUUAUACAAGUCUGAGUAGUUUUUUUGGUUAUACAGACACCCAAGUACUUAAAAUGUUCAAGAGAUGUUUUGAAAGGUAGGUCAGACAGUGGAUAUGCCAUGGCUGCAGCAUUGAUCGGCAUUAAUUCACUUUUAUGGAAAUUUAGUUUGUAGCCUGAAAUUUGACCAAACUCCUUCAGUAAAUUUAAGACAAGGGAUAAAGUUCUGUCUAAGUCAGAGACAAAGAGUAAGAGGGGAUACUUUAUGUUCAACACCACCCCUUAAAAUACCUGGUAUCUGACUAGACCUUAGGGCCACCGCCAAUGGUUCAAUGGCAAAAAGGAGUGGAGAGAGUGGACAGCCCUGACGGGUCCCACGCUUGAGGGGGAAGUAAUCAGAGUAAUCAUUGUUUGUGCGAACACAGGCGUAAGGGGGCGUAUAUAAAAGCCUAAUCCAUGAUAUGAAGGUAUGACCAAAACCAAAACGUUUUAACACAGAGAACAGGUAGGACCAUUCUACACGGUCAAAUGCCUUCUCUGCAUCCAUAGAAAUAACCACCUCAGGGGAGUCAGAGGGUGUCGGUUCAUAAACAAUAUCAAAUAAACAUCUAACAUUAUGAAAAGAAUGUCUGUCUCUAACAAACCCUGUCUGGUCAGUACCUACAAUAGUUGGUACAACAGUCUCCAGACGCCUUGCCAACAUUUUGGCCAAGAGUUUAACAUCUGCACACAGCAGAGAGAUAGGGCGGUAGUUGCCACAAGAAAGUGGGUCUUUGUCCUUUUUUAAAAGGAGAGAAAUGGUGGCCUGUCUUAACGUGAGGGGAAGAUUGCCAUUCUGCACAGACUCAUUGAACAUGCUAAGUAAAAUUGGAACAAAUUGAUCGGAGAAUGUCUUAUAAAAUUCGGCCGGGAGACCAUCAGGGCCUGGGCAUUUACCACUCUGCAUCAGCAUUAAAGCACUUCUGAGUUCACCAAUUGAAAAGGGUUCAUCCAGUCUAGAUGAUGUUGCACUGUCAAUGGAGGGAAUCUCUAAAUAGUUUAAAAAAAAAAAUUGUCAUACUGUUUCUCAUCAGCCACACAUUCAGAUGUGUAUAAUUUGGCAUAGAAGUCUCUGAAAUGGUUGUUAAUUACCUGUGGGUCAAAAGUUGUCCCAUCAAUAGUACUGAGUAAUAUGUUGUGAUGAUGAUGCUUGUCGGAUUUGGUGUGCAUGCAGUUUACUAGGUUUAUCUCCAAACUCAUAACAUUUAUGACGUGAUUUUAACAGUAACUCUGCAGCUUCAUUGGAAGCCAGGAGAUCAAAUUCAGCCUUUUUCAUGAGUAACUCUUUUGAAAGAUCUGCACUGGGUGAGUCCACACACUUAGACUGAAGUUCUGCUAUAUUUCUAGCAAGGCCAUUGCUUUUUUCUGAGGAGAUCUUUCUUUGAUAAGCUGAGUAAGAUGAUAUUUGCAUGCCUCCCAAAUGGCUGCUGCCGAUGUAUCUGGGUUUACACUGGUAGAAAUAUAAAGAUCAAUGCGGUUCUUAAUAGUCAAAACAAAGUUUGGGUCAGAAAGCAGUAAAGAAUUAAAGCGCCAGGGGGAACGUGUCAUAGAUCAACCAGGAAGAGAGAUGUCGACAACCACUGUUGCAUGAUCUGAUACCACAAUGGGAUCAUAGGAGCAUGAACUGACAGAUGGGAGGAGUUUGCUGUCAAUGAGAAAGUAAUCAAUACGGGAGAAUGUGCCAUGGACAGGAGAAAAAAAAGAAAACUGUUUAGUAUUAGGAUUGAGGAAGCGCCAGACAUCUGCAACAGCAUAUUGCUCCAUAAACAUCUGAAUUACUUGUGAUGAUUUCGAUAGACCAGAGGGCUUAUUGGACGAUUGAUCAAGUGAAGGGUCAAGACAGCAGUUGAAAUCACCACCAAGAAUGAGUUGGUGAGAGUUCAAGUCGGAGAGAGAAAAAAAAAGUUUUUGGAAAAAAAUAUCAUUGUCCCAGUUUGGGCCAUACACAUUUGCCAAAAUCAGGUUAUUACCUCCCAUUUUACCUGUGAUGACAUAGCGCCCAUUUAUGUCAGACACCACUUUGGUCACAGAAAAUGGCACUGAUUUGUGAAUAAGAAUUGCAACCCCCUGGGCUUUACUUAAAAAAAGAGGAGUGAAAGAGUUGACCCACCAAGGGCGGGUGGUGCAUAAGGGCGAUUGGGCGACUCAUUGCCAAAACGAAAAAAAAAGUUUUUUUUUUUUAAACAAACUUUCACCAGUGCUGCUCUAGGCCGUUUUAAUCUGUCUCUGGGUAUCAUUGUCCAAUCAGGGUGGUCUUGCUUCUAGAGUACCUCCCCUUUUGGGGCGAUUUCAGUCACGUUGAAAAUCGCCCAAGAGUUCACUGAUAGAGUCCCAUGUUAAUAUAUUUUUUUUCUCCUGACUGACACUUCAAUGCAAUCUCUUUGGGUUCCGGGGGGGCUUGCCCUAACGUGCUUACGUCACUGCGAAGCGCAGCAAAGUUGUGUUCGAUCCGCUCAGUCUCUGAGGUGAGAUGGAUGCGGAAAGCAAUUCAGUGCGGUCCUUAAAAGAAGUUCCAUUUAGUCAGCGAUCAAAUCGAGCUAAAUUGGCAACAAAACAAGCUGGACCCCCUCGACCAAAUCUAAACAUAAAACAAAUUUCGACGGGCGGGGGGGAAUCAUAUACUCGAGGUUUUACUUCAACAUGGUCCCAGCGCAAAUCCUGGUGAGCUGGCUGCAAGGACGCCUCAGCGGUUUUCUGCUACCCCUGCUUACUUUUCCACCCUAGGUGGCUCCACGGACAACACUGCUUGGACGUUCACUAGAGUUUCGGACAUGCAUCAUUUGUCGGAGAAAAUAAAAAAACAUGAGUCAUCAAAGA